GCCUGAAGUGGGCGCCAAUGCUCCUAUCUACUGCUCUCAAUAUGGUGCCCUUACUGCUGCUGGAUGGAAUCUGGCUCUUGUUGCUUGCCGGUUGGCCCCUGUUUGGACUGUGCAGCAGCUCUACAGAGAUAGGCUAUUUGUGUGGGCAUGAAGGGGUCCAAAUUAAGGUGCCUCCAGAUUACCUAGGGACAAACGUGACUUUUCUUGUCCGGGAUGAAUUUGAAAUGGCUUAUGACAUUGAAGGAUGUAUUUCAAAAUGCGUCUUCUCAGCUAGGAAGCCAAAUGGUGAAAGCAUUUUUUUUGUGUCUUACCAAAUCUGUAUUUCAUUUCGAGAGGCGGAGACAUGGAAACUCCGUGUGCGCUUUGUUGGAAGUAAGAAAAGUGAGGACAUAAACAUUGUUUGCUCUAUAUCAAAAGAGAAGACGCCUCGAGUGAUUACACACAAGACUAUGAGUACCAGAAUGCCUCAGCUGACUACUGUGCCCACUUGGACAACACCACUCAGCAGCACUUUAACCAAAAGCGUGGUUUUGGCAAAUACAACGUUGCCAACUAAAACCAGUUUAGUUCAGGAUGAAGGCAAAGAUCAAAAACCGACAACUCCUUCUAGCACAGUCCCUGGAACAAAGGAGUCUGAUGUGACCGUUGAAACAAAGAAAAAUGUCACUUCUAAAAGUCCUCUCCCUAUUGUACGGCGAACUACGAGUAGAUCACAAACAUAUCCAGAUCUCCUAAAUGAGACGCAGUGCUUUGUGCCAAAUGAAAGAGUCCCGUGCCUGGAUUCCAGUGUUUCCCGUGACACAUGUUUGCAUUACCGCUGUUGUCAUGAUCCUGAAGAUCCCAUCACGCCUUGCUACUAUGGACAUACAGUGACUGCAAAUUGCUCAUCGGAUGGGUUCUUCCAGCUGGUAAUUUCUCGCUAUGUCACCAACCCCCCCUUGUUGUUGUCAUCGAUUGUUCUGGGCCUUGGGACAUGUCCUACCCCAGCUAUAAUAGGAGAUUUUCUGGUGGUGACAGGAAAGCUGCUGGCUUGCAGCACCCCUCAGUUUGUCCAGGGACAGCCGAUUUAUGAAUUGUCGAUCAUAGCAAAGCAAGAUGUUCUGGUUUCCUCAUCAGGAUCGAUAACUCGGGAUAGCACUCUUACGGUGACACUUCAAUGCCUGUACAAUAUCACUCUGUCACUAAAGCUAGUGUCCUCCGUGGAGCCUCCACCUCCCUUCCCAUCUGUGACUAAUAGCGGGGUACUGGAUGUAGACCUGCACGUUGCUAAAGGUCCAGACUUCUCUGCAUUUUAUACAUCAAUGGACUACCCACUUCAGAUACUGCUGCGAGAUCCUAUAUUCUUUGAGGCUAGACUUCUGCAGCCGUCCGAUCCCAGGCUACAUCUCCGUCUUCAUCACUGCUGGGGGGCACCAAACCUGGAACCAGUAUCCACAAUUCGCUGGCCUCUGAUUUAUGAUGGAUGUCCUUAUACAGAUGAUGACCCAAUGACCAAUAUUUUACCAGGACCCGUUCCUUCCGGUUAUCAGAGAUUUGUUGUGUCUGCAUUCACAUUUCUUGAUUUCUCAAACCAGUCACAGGUGUUUGUUUUCUGCAGCAUCUCAGUCUGUGUUCCCUCCUCCAAUGAAACCUGCACCUCGGACUGCUCUAGCCUUAAGCGAGGUCGGCGCUUUAAGACUGAUUAUUACCAUCAUUUGGUGAAGACCGCUGGGCCUCUUGUCUUUCAAAGAGAUGGCAAAACUGGAUUGGCCAGCUUCCAGCACCUCACCGUGGCUCUUCCAGGAAUCCUAUUUGCAGUGGCUCUACUUGUUCUCCUAUGUCUUGUCGUUGUAUUCAAACGCAGUUUUACAGUUAGGUCCAGAAAUUUAAAUGUAACUUCGGUUAUCUAGUUUUCAAUUAAAGUACUUUAUAUUCUUC